AUGGUCUUGGAACUGAACCAAGUGAUUAUUCCCACUUAUGGAACUGUGCCGGAUCAGCAAAACCUUCAUACUCCUGAAUGGGCUGAUUUUGAUGAUAAGCCUGACUCCUUGUUCUUCAGCGAUGGGCAGCGAAGAAUUGACUUUGUUUUGGUGUAUGAAGAUGAAAACAAAAAAAUGACUCAUAAGAGGAGUGAUCGUAAAAAGCAAAAGAGGAAGAGACAAGUAUAUGAAUCAAACCUGAUAAACAACGGCUUGCAACUUGAAGCAACGAGAUCGGUUUUGGAUGAAAAACUAAUUUUUGUGAAAGUGCAUGCACCUUGGGAAGUGCUGUGCACAUACGCCGAGGUUAUGCACAUCAAAUUGCCUCUGCAACCCAGUGACCUGAAAACCCGAGACUCAGCUUUCAACUGGUUUAGUAGACUCUUCAGAGUGGAUGAAAAUAUCAUCAAACCUGAGCAAGAGUUUUUCACUGCCCCUUUUCAAAAAGAACAUUUGUCCAACUUUUAUAUUCAAGACAAAGACACAUUUUUCAAUCCUGCAACUAGAAGCCGAAUUGUUCAUUUUAUCCUGUCCCGUGUGGAAUACGCAACCAAAAACAAUGUGAAAAAAUUUGGCAUAAACAAAUUACUGGACACUGGAAUCUACAAAGCGGCAUUUCCCCUUCAUGACUCUAGUUUUAGGCACCCGUCGACCGAUCCCGACUGCCCAAGCGAACGCUAUCUUCUCUACAGAGAAUGGGCUCAUCCUAAAAACAUUUUCAAACUGCAGCCCCUGGAUUUCAUCAGGAAAUACUAUGGAGAGAAAAUUGGAAUCUACUUUGCUUGGCUGGGCUUUUACACUAACAUGCUGAUUGUCGCUGCGGUUGUGGGAGUUGGCUGUUUUCUGUAUGGAUGCCUGACAAAGGACAACUGCACAUGGAGCCAAGAAGUAUGUGAUCCCAACAUAGGAGGUAAUAUCAUAAUGUGCCCUCAGUGUGAUAAAGUAUGUACCUACUGGAACCUCACCAUCACUUGUGAAUCGUCCAAGAAACUCUGCAUAUUUGAUAGCUUUGGAACACUGGUGUUUGCAGUGUUUAUGGGAAUAUGGGUUACUUUGUUUUUGGAGUUUUGGAAGCGACGGCAAGCUGAACUGGAGUAUGAAUGGGACACAGUUGAGUACUUAGAGCAAGAAGAACAAGUUCGCCCAGAAUAUGAAGCUCGAUGCACUCACGUAGUAAUGAACGAAAUCACACAGCAAGAAGAACAUGUGCCAUACACUGCCUGUGGGAAGUGCCUAAGGAUGACUUUCUGUACAAGUGCAAUCUUCUUCUGGAUUCUUUUGAUUAUUGCUUCAGUUAUUGGAAUCAUUGUCUACAGGCUCUCAGUUUUCCUGGUGUUUUCUGCAACGUUGUCACAGCACAUUAACGGAACGGAGGCGAUCCGCAAGUACCUGACUCCACAGACAGCCACUUCAGUAACUGCUUCGCUCAUCAGCUUUAUAGUCAUUAUGGUUCUCAACAUCAUCUAUGAAAAAGUGGCAAUCCUGAUUACUGACUUUGAGCUUCCAAGGACACAGACAGAUUAUGAAAACAGUCUGACAACAAAGAUGUUCUUGUUCCAGUUUGUCAACUACUAUUCUUCAUGCUUCUACAUAGCUUUCUUUAAGGGUAAAUUUGUAGGUCACCCUGGAAAUCCAGUUUAUUGGCUAGGAAAGUAUCGCAACGAAGAGUGUGAUCCAGGCGGAUGUCUCCUUGAACUCACAACUCAGCUUGCCAUCAUAGUAGGAGGUAAAGCAAUCUGGAACAACAUUCAAGAAGUGCUUCUUCCUUGGGUUAAGAAUCUAAUCGGAAGAUACUGUGCAGCUGCUAGAUCAGAAAAAGUUGUUCCACGCUGGGAACAGGACUACCACUUGCAGCCCAUUGGAAAACUUGGACUGUUUUAUGAAUAUCUUGAAAUGGUUAUACAAUUUGGCUUUGUCACUCUGUUUGUGGCGUCGUUCCCCCUGGCUCCUCUUCUGGCUCUUAUUAACAACAUGUUGGAAAUCCGGUUGGAUGCGUGGAAGCUGACGACCCAGUUCAGGCGCAUGGUUCCACAGAAGGCACAAGACAUCGGCGCCUGGCAGCCCAUCAUGCAAGGCAUAGCCAUUCUGGCCGUGGUCACCAACGCUAUGAUCAUUGCUUUUACAUCUGACAUGAUUCCUCGUCUGGUUUAUUACUGGUCCUUUUCAGUCCCUCCUUAUGGGAGUCACAGCAGUCACACUAUGAAAGGGUAUAUAAACAGUACACUUUCUGUCUUCAAUAUAUCAGACUUCAAGAAUGCAAGCAAGCCAUUUUCCCCUUGGUUUGGGAACCAGACGACAUGCAGGUACCGGGAUCUCCGCUACCCUGCUGGUCACCAGCACCAGUAUGAGCACAACAUAUACUACUGGCAUGUCAUCGCAGCCAAGCUGGCUUUCAUCAUUGUCAUGGAGCAUGUCAUAUACUUUGUGAAUUUUAUUAUUUCAUACGUAAUUCCGGAUGUAUCACAAAAGACCAAGAGCAAGGUCAAACGAGAGAAGUACCUAACACAGAAACUCUUGCAUGAGAAUGAUCUCAAAGUUGUGAAAAAAAACAUGGGGAAAAUAGCUGACAAAAUUAUCAAAGGAGUCGACAGCACUUUCCGACCUAAAGCUGAAUAA